AUGAUCUUCAUAGCAAGAACGUGGCAAAGCAAUCAUUGGGCACCAGGGAAUAUCCCAUGGCGACAUGAGAAGAAACAUCAAGCAGUAUGUCGCCUAUCUCUGGACAAUUCCUUAUGCCCUGCACAACCACCACAGAGAAAUGUGACUCCGGAAUGUCCACUCAUGGUCUGUGUGCACGACAAAGUGGAAUCUUCAUGCAUCAAAAAAGAAUUGAAGUGGGGAUGGCUUCAUCGAGCAAGGAGAUAG